CCAGUGUUAGAAGGUAGGGCGCCUUCUUUCCUCCCAUUGGCUGAGUUUCCUGGGAGGCGGGGCUAACCAGCAAACAGGGCCUAGAGACCAGACACUAAAAAAGAAGCCGGGAGAGACGCACUUGUGACGCACUUCCGAGGCGCUAAGCGAGGAAGAUGGCUGCGUCCCAGCAGCAGGCUUCCGCGGCUUCCUCUGCUGCUGGUGUGUCGGGUCCUGGUUCGGCGGGUGGCCCGGGUCCCCAGCAGCAGCCGCAACCACCGGCACAGCUGGUGGGGCCUGCCCAGAGCGGGCUUUUGCAGCAACAGCAACAGGACUUCGAUCCCGUGCAGCGCUAUAAGAUGCUCAUCCCGCAGCUGAAGGAGAGUCUACAGACCUUGAUGAAGGUUGCAGCCCAGAACUUGACUCAGAACACUAACAUUGACAACGGACAAAAGAGCAGCGACGGACCCAUGCAGCGCUUUGACAAGUGUCUGGAGGAGUUCUACGCCCUCUGCGACCAGCUGGAGCUCUGCCUGCGCCUGGCACACGAGUGCCUGUCACAGAGUUGCGACAGUGCCAAGCACUCUCCCACGCUGGUGCCCACAGCCACCAAGCCGGACGCGGUGCAACCUGACAGCCUGCCCUACCCGCAGUACCUGGCGGUCAUCAAAGCCCAGAUUGCCUGUGCCAAGGACAUUCACACGGCUCUGCUGGACUGCGCCAACAAGGUCACGGGCAAGACGCCGGCACCACCCACGGGCCCCGGGGGCACCCUGUGAGCCGGCGCGGCUGGGAGGGGGCAGGAGGGGGGCGGGGGACAGGGAGGGAAUGAAGAGUGGCCUCAAAUCAGCCUUGUGUCUUUUUUCCCCCUGCACAGCACGGCUGGAGCCAGCAGGGGGCGGGCGCAGCCAGCAGGCUGCACACAGGGCGGGGCCUGGGCUCCUGGCUGCCGGCUGGCGUGCGUGGACUUUGGACUGUGCCUGGUGGUGACCUCUUUCAUGGGUUCUCCGCCGACCUGGCCUGGGUGUGGAGCCCUGUGUGGGCCCCUCGCCCUCAUCCUUCCUUGAUUCUGCCCCAUUUUGGGGUGGUCUCUGUGUCUGCUCCUUUUUCUAGCUGUCCUCUGUGUGUCUCUACUGCAUGUGGCUGUUGUCUCUCGUUCCAUCUCUUUUUCGAGGCGCUCUCUCUGCCUCUGUGGUCUUGUGCCUCCCUGUCUCUCACCAUCUCUCUCUUCCAGUCCCCUUUACUGUCUUCUGCCUCCAUCUCCUAACUGGGACUCUGUCCUAUGAAGCGGGCCAGAUUCUGGGAGCCAGAACCUUUGGGUUGCCUGGGGUGGGGGAAGGGUCGCAGCCAAACCCAGGGAUCCCCAGCAUCUCCCAUGUCAGCCCGGUCGCCAGGGUCCUUAGCUCAGGAAAGGAGAAGUUGCGAGGGUCUAGGCCCUGACCUCAGCACGCCUGGUCAGGGAGCAACUCGGGCCCCCACCCGUACCCAGGGCCUGCGUCAGCAGCACUCAAACUAGGGGCGUUGUGCAAUCCGUGGUGAGGCCUGGCCCAGCUGGAUGCCUGGGUCCCUGUAUUUUUAGCCCCAAAGCAGAAGUGAAAAGGCCCCAGUAGGGGUGAAUCAUCAGUCCUGGGGAAGAACCCAGGCGCCUGGGCUGCAGCUCCGGGAAGCAGGCCUUGGGGAGGGGGCUUCAGGGAGGGGGUGCCCCACCAGACUCCCCACUUCCCUCAGAGCAGGCUUUGGGGAGCUCAGCCAUGGCCGUCAGGUCUGGGCAAGUGCAGGGCGGAGCUCCCAGCCCAGGCCCAGCUGGUGGGGUGUGAAAGGCUCAAGUGACUCAGCCUGGUUGUGGGGCCGCCCCACCCAGCACCUUCUGUGCCGUGGUUCCCAUGUCUCCACCCAGGGACCUUCUGUCCUGGACCCCACAUCUGCAAGGAAACCCGGGACCUGGAAACCUGUGAUUCACCCAGAGCCCAGGUCCCCCCACUGGAGUCCCGGGAACGGCGAGCGUGUGUGUGUGGCACAUCCCAGGAAGUUUCCCCGCCGCCUCCGUGUCCUUGACGUGCCAGGCACACAGGGCAGGCCUCGGGAGGGGCAGCAGCCCUCUCAGGCACUGGGGGGGACUUAGGGAAGCCACAGCUCUCCCCAUUUGCCGAAUCAGGCCCCCAGCUCCCUCCCCAGAUCGUCCAGGAUGCUCUCCUUCACUUAGAGGCCACUGCUGGUGGACCUGACUCCCGUCUACAAAAUACUUUCCCAGCGACGUCCAGAUUCAUGUUUGAUCGACUCCCUGGGGACUAUAGCCGAGCCAAGUUGGCACAUAAAACUGACCAUCAUAAUCUGUUCCUUGUCACCCGUACCUGUCUCCUGAACUGUACUUAAUCUCCAGGUACAGCAAAAAAUAAGAACAAAUCUUAUUUCCAGCUAAUAUGGUGCAGUUACCUAUGUACAACCAAAAAUGCACUUGUUCCCCAGAAGAGCCCACCGCCCUCCAGCCUGGGGACACACACCACGUACUGGUGGAGAUGUGACAGUCCCCGGGGCACACUCACAAGACAGGUGCAGCUGGCCCCGUGAGGCGGAGUCAGCAGCGGCACACACAGGUGGGGGCAUGACCUCCCGGCACCAUGACCCAGGGCCCAGCAGUGCCUACAGCCACGCCCAGGGAGACGGCCGGGACACCAGUGGGCAGCCGGCUGAUGGAUGCACAGUUCACCAGCCACGUCCGGGCUGGCAGCUGCGCACCAGGAAGCUGAGUUCACUUAAGAAACAUUUAUUGAGCAUGUAGUGUGGGCCAAGCCCUGCACGUUGUGCCCGAAAGAUCUCUGCCUUCCUGGAGCUGGGAUUCCAGUGAGAGAGUUAAGUGGGAUCAAGUGAGACAGUCUCAGCUAGAAGUUCCCAGAAGAGACAGAAAGCAGAGAAGCGGGAGAGACCAGAAGUGGAGAGAGAUUUAUAACAGCAAAAAAAGAAUGGUACUUGGGGAUAAAUCUACACAAAGGCAAGAUUUGCAUAUGGAGGACUGUGUUACUUCACUGAAAAGCAUGAAAUAAAGUUUGAGAGCUUGG